UCGCGUGAUUGUCGUACUGCACGUGCAUAUUCGGUUGGAUUAUCGGUUUGAACAUUUGAAUGUGUGUUCAAACUUGGCAGGGAAUGCGGUAGCUGUGUCGGAGCGCGUCGUACCAGCUCAUUGUGACGUCGUGACAGUUCGCCGUUUACUCUGAUAAAAUGUUUAUCAAAUCGAUGGUGUUGGAGGGAUUCAAAUCCUACGGCAAGCGAAUCGAGAUAACCGGGUUUGACAAGGAGUUCAACGCUAUCACGGGGUUCAACGGCAGCGGCAAGUCCAACAUCCUGGACGCGAUAUGUUUUGUUUUGGGUAUCACAAACCUUGGCCAAGUACGUGCUACUUCUUUGCAAGAUUUGGUGUACAAAUCAGGUCAGGCCGGGAUAAAAAAGGCCAGUGUUACGAUAAUAUUUGACAACCGUGACAGAGAGUCGUCGCCUAUGGGUUAUGAACAUUAUGAAGAGAUAGUGAUCACAAGACAAGUAAUAAUUGGCGGCAAAAAUAAAUAUAUGAUCAAUGGGAUAAACGUACCAAAUAAGCGUGUACAGGACCUGUUCUGUUCGGUCCAGUUGAAUGUAAAUAAUCCGCAUUUCCUAAUUAUGCAAGGUAGGAUAACAAAAGUGUUGAACAUGAGACCGGCAGAAAUUCUGUCUAUGCUCGAAGAAGCGGCUGGUACAAAAAUGUACGAAAAGAAGAAACAGUCCGCGCUGGUCACCAUAGAGAAGAAGGAUACCAAGUUAAAGGAGAUAAAUGACAUUUUGAACGAGGAGAUUGGUCCGAAGCUGAACAAAUUGAAGGAGGAGAGAACACAGUACGUGGAGUUUCAGCGGAUCGAGCGAGAGCUUGAGCACAGCAAAAGAAUAUAUCUCGCGUGGAAGUACCUCGCUGCUCUGAACGUUAGUCAGAAAACCGAGGAGGACGUUAAAACUGUGCAGAACAAGAUAGAUUCCAAGUCGGAGGGUAUAGCCGCCGGUGAGGAAGAGAUUAAGGACAUAGAAGAGAAGUAUGCCGAACUACAAAAGAAGAAGGAAGCGGAAAAAGGCGGCGUGUUGGAGUCCCUGGAGCAGGGAUUGCAAGAGCAUGAGAAGAAGCAGUGCAAGUUAUCAGCCGAGGCAAACAGUAACAAGGAGAAUAUGAAGAGAACGAAGAAGACGCUGGAGCAAAUAAAAAUCAACAUAACGGACGACAGAAAUGUACUUGCAUCGAAAGAAAAGGAAGUGGAGAAAGUCGGGGGACUCUUUCAGAAAUUGAGAGAGAUGGAUCAGAAAGACUCGGAGGCGGUACUGGAGGCGCAACAGAAGUACCAGAAGGUCAGCGCUGGCUUGCUGGAGAGCGAGGACGGCGAGAACGCGACGUUGGAGCAGCAGCUGAUAAACGCGAAGCAGAAUAUAACCCAGGCGCAAACGGAGCUCAAGCAGUGCGAGAUGAUGCUGAAUCACAACAGGCAGCAGUUGAGCAAGAGGCAGAAGGACACACGUAACACCGAGAAUGAGUACAAGAAGUACAGCGCCGACCUGGAGAGAAAGGAGAAGGAUUUGAAAAACCUGGAGAACGAAUUGCAAAAGUUGAACUACAAGGAUGGUUACGCGGAGGACCUGAAGAAUCAGAGGAACGCGUUGAUCGCGGAGAUCAGGCCGUUGCGGGAGAAACUGGAUCAGUUCGAGUCGAGGUAUCCCCAAACGAGGUUCGAAUAUCGCGAUCCCGAGCCCAAUUUCGACGCCAGAUCCGUAAAAGGCAUUGUGUGCAAGUUAAUCAGCGUGAAAGAUAAGAAGGCCGCGUAUGCCCUGGAGGUUGCCGCGGGCGGAAAGCUUUACAACGUGAUAGUCGACACGGAGACCACGAGCAAAAAGAUCCUCCAGCACGGACAGCUGCAGCAACGAGUCACGAUUAUCCCGCUCAAUCGCGUGGCUGGUAGACUUAUGGAUCAGCAGACGAUCGACCUGGCGAAAAGGCUGGUGGGGCAAGAGAACGUUCAACCUGCCCUGUCCCUCAUAGAUUUUCCCAGUGACGUUAAAUCGGCGAUGGCGUGGGUGUUCGGCCAGAUAUUUGUGUGCAAGGACAUGGAAACUGCCAAGAAAAUAGCAUUUCACGAGAGAAUAAUGAAGAAAUGCGUUACCCUGGAAGGCGAUCUCUUCGAUCCCGCUGGCACGUUAUCCGGUGGCGCUCCGUCGAAAACUGGAUCGGUUAUACUGAAACUGGAAGAGCUGAAAGAUAUCCAAAACGAGGUGAACAACAAGGAACGUCUCUUGCGAGACAUAGAGACCUCUUUGCAAAAUGUUGCAAAAACCGCAGAGAAAUACGCAUCGUUGAAACAAAGGCACGACUUGUUGACUUACGAGAUCAGCAUGGUGCGGCAGAGACUGCAGCAAACGAGUCAUCAUAAAAUCAAGGAAGAGGUGGAUUCUUUGAACGCUGCCAUCGAAGAGCUCACGCAACGGAUGGCCACGGCAAGGAAUUUAGAAAAAGAUAGCACGAAACGUGCAAAGGACAUAGAGGCUCAGUUAAAAGACGCAGUGAACAUUCGCGAGAAACAAUUGAAGGAAGCGGAGAAUCAACUGAAUAUAUUAAAGAAAAAGGCGGAACAAAGUCGCAAAGAGUGGCAGAAGAGGGAACAAGAAUCGGAAACGCUGGAAUUGGAGAUAAAGGAGUUAAAGAAGACCAUCGAGAGCGGUAAUGAGCAGUUACUCCAGACGGAGGGAGAGUACAGUGCGUUCGAACAGAAAGGACAAGCCCUGCAAGAGGAAUUGGAAGAAACGAAAACCAGAGUGAAGGAGCUUCAGAGCAGCAUUAAGGAGCAAAAGGAUAUCAUUAGCCGGCAGAACAAGGAUAUGCAGAGGCUGAUAGCAAGGAAGGAGGAUAUUAUCAAGCAGAACAGGGAUCUGGAAUUGGACAUCAAAAAAUUGAAUCACGAGAUCAAUGAUAUAAAAAAAUGCGCGGCAGAUUGCAGGCAUAAAGUUUCGGAGCUCGUAAGAAGGUACGACUGGAUCGAGCAAGAGAAAGCUUACUUCGGGAAGAAAGGCGGAAUCUACGACUUCCAAGUUAACAGACCAGACGAGAUGGAACAGAAGGUGCAGCAUCUGGAAGGACUGCGGGAGAAGCUGUGUCGCAAUAUAAACACCCGAUCGAUAAAUCUUCUCGACAAAGAAGAAGAGCAUUAUAAUGACACAGUAAAAAAGAAGAGAAUUGUCGAAACCGAUAAGAACAAGAUCCUCGAAACGAUCAAGCACUUGGAUGAGAAGAAGAAGCAAACUUUGAUCAAGGCUUGGGAGCAGGUGAACAAGGACUUCGGCUCGAUAUUCAGCACCCUACUACCCGGAGCUCAGGCGAAAUUGCAGCCACCGGAGAACGAAACGAUAACGCAGGGCUUGGAAGUGAAGGUCGGAUUUUCGGGUGUGUGGAAGGAGUCACUGGGAGAAUUGUCCGGCGGUCAGAGGUCCCUGGUUGCGUUGUCGUUGGUCCUAGCUAUGCUCCUUUACAAGCCUGCGCCGCUUUACAUCCUCGACGAGGUGGACGCUGCCCUAGAUCUCUCGCAUACAGAAAAUAUAGGUACGAUGUUGAAGAAACACUUCAAGCAUUCGCAGUUCAUCGUCGUGUCCCUGAAGGACGGUAUGUUCAACAACGCUAAUGUUCUGUUCAUGACUAAGUUCGUCGACGGUAUGUCGACGAUAAAUAGAACGGAGAAAGUAAAAUCCAAGUGAGCAGCGAAGUGAAUCCCGCCGCGCGUACCUCUAGCUUUACGGUAAUGAAAUAUUUUUGUAUUACCUCUUGAGACUACUUAUUUUCUUUAUAACAUUGAGAUACAGAUUCUUCAUUUGUACAGAUUAUUUCGUAUUCCCGUUAUGCAACAAUACACAAUAAAUACUUGUAUUACUAA